GAAGAACCUCAUAUCAAGAACUCAUAUACUCAUAAUAGAGCUGUGAAGUCAAAAGAAGUCAUCGAACUUCUAUACACAUUCUUUGAAAACCAGAGAGCCGUAAUAACGCGCACUCAAAAUUCAUCAUCAUGGCGAACAAGCAGGGAAAGAUGGCUGACAUUCACUCUUUCCACAGGCCGGUCUCAUCAACUACCGGAUGAGAGUGACUAUGAAUGAUGGACGUCAAAUGGUCGGACAGAUGUUAGCAUUUGACAAGCACAUGAACCUCGUUCUCGCCGAUACCGAAGAAUUCAGACGCGUCAAGCGCAAGGCACCAAAAACCACAGCCGCCCCUGGAGCUAGUUCUGCUGCACCACCUCUUGUUGAAACCGAAGAAAAGCGAACAUUAGGUCUUACUAUUAUUCGGGGCACACACGUCAUAUCUCUUUCUGUCGAAUCGCCACCACCAGCAGACCCAAGUUCUCGCUUAGGUGCCAGCGUCCCAGGUGGUGCUGUACCAUCAGCUGCUAUGGCCGCUGGAACUGGAAUCGCGAGGCCAGCUGCUGGAAGAGGGGGCCUGGCUGGUCCUGCUGUUGGAAUUGGUGGUUUCCCGGGUAUGCCAGCUCCUCCGCCAUUUGGAAGAGGUGCACCACCUCCAGGAUUUGGUGGUGGAUUUCCUCCUCCAGGUUUCCCAGGUCCACCUGGUCCACCAGGAGGCUUCGCUCCACCUCGCAGGUAAAUAUCUGAAGAAUAACGGGUUACGCGAUCAUGUCAAAUUGAAUCUUUAAGAAUAUUCUCAGAGGAGCAUGCUGCAUAUAAUCUGAUGAAGGGUCAAGGCAUAUUGAACAUGAUGAUCGGCGAAGAAAUGAGAGAAGAGAGAUCCAAAAGAAAUCUAUGGAUAUGCAUGAUAGGGGCAAUGCAGAGAAGGUUAAAUUCAAUCAGAAUAAAGGCGUUGAGGGGUGGCUUUUGACUUCACAUACCAAAAUUCGCAAAUUUGUAGCAUAAAAGCAAGCAAGCAAAGCGACAACGCUAAUUGAAUCCUAUAUAAUUUUGCCCAUUCUCUCAAUACA